AUGGCUUCGGUGGUACUGGCUCGACGGGAGCCUAAGAGCAAGCGUGCCCUCGACAGUUUGGACGGAGAUGAUUUCGGUGCCCUGUAUAAGAGAUCCCUGAAUUCUCUCGAUGGUGAAGGCUUCGGAUUCGAUAAAAGAGCUCUAAACGCUCUAGAUGGCAGUGGAUUUGGAUUCGACAAGCGAGCACUGAAUUCACUAGAUGGCAGCGGAUUCGGAUUUGAUAAACGAGCACUGAAUUCUCUGGAUGGCAGUGGGUUCGGCUUCGACAAAAGAGCUCUGAACUCAAUAGAAGGUACUGGAUUUGGCUUUGACAAACGGUCUCUCAAUUCGAUAGAAGGAACUGGCUUCGGAUUUGACAAAAGGGCGUUGAAUUCACUAGAUGGAACGGGAUUCGGCUUCGACAAAAGAGCCCUGAACUCAAUAGAAGGAACUGGUUUUGGCUUUGACAAGAGGAAUUUUAUCAGCACUCAUCCUUAUUUGAGACUCUACAAAGGCAAACAAACGCGGAGGUACAAGGGUGACCGAAGCAACUACAACGGUUUAGACACAUGUAAGUGUUAA